CAUUUAAUCAUUAAAGGUCUCCAACCUCGAUCGUCUUCGCCGCGUGUCACCGUCCAUCCUAUCCCUCAUCCUCAUAAGCUCUUGUUGACCGUUCCUCCCCCCACCUCACACUCCCUGAGUCAGAAGGAAAAAAGACUCAAGACCCCCAAAAACGCUCGAGACACUCACCAACAACCUAUAGAAUCUUUCAUAUCCCACCCUGCAAUUUGCCUCCCCCUACUUGAAAAACAAAGAGAAACGACUCACCUUCUCUUACCAUGUCUACACCUGCUGAUGAAGCCAAGAUCGAUAUCAACGUUCUCCUGACUAACACCGACAAGGCCGCCCGAGAUGCUGCUGUUACUGAGCUGGUCAACAUUGUCAAGUCCGAAGGUCCUCAAGCCUUCGUUCGGCUAGGUCUCGCCGAAGCCAUCCUCAAAGGCCUUAGAGAUAAGAAAAACGCAUCUGCUCGUGAAGGUGCCUGUACUCUGCUAUCGGAGCUUUGCACUCAGGGUGUGGGGCACGCGAUCGAACCUUUCGUACUCGCCCACGGUGAUCAUCAGGUGCUCAACGAGCUCCUGGAGGCCUUGGGCGACAAGCUGCCCGCCGUUUCUGACGCCGCUUUGAGUGCCUUGAACAGCCUGGUCAAGAUCAUGACCCCUUGGGCUCUCCACUUGAUUCUGCCAGUCUUGCUAAAUCAGAUCGCCACUGCUGGUAAAUGGCAAGUCAAGACUGGUGCUCUGAAGGUCUUGGACGUUUUGGUCGUCAGUGCCGCCGAUCAAAUGGCUAAAGCCAUGCCCGAAAUCGUCCCAGUCCUGGCGGCCGCGAUCUGGGACACCAAAGCUGAUGUCAAGAAAGCCGCCCGCAGCUCUUUGACUAAAUCUUGCGCUCUGGUCUCAAACAAAGAUAUUGAGAAGUUUAUUCCAGCACUCAUCUCUGCGCUGAUUAACCCUGUCGAGGAGGUCCCUAAAUGUAUUCAACUGCUCGCUGCCACAACUUUCGUCUCUGAGGUUGAUGCCCCGACCUUGUCUUUAAUGGUACCUCUACUCACCCGUGGAUGUAACGAAAGGCCAACUGCAACCAAGCGAAAAGUCGCGGUUAUCACCGACAACAUGGCCAAACUUGUCGAUUCUGAGAUCACUGUUCGCCCGUUCAUUCCGCAACUCCUCCCUGCUCUGAUUAAGAUGGCCGAAGUCACCGGUGAUCCCGAAGCUCGAGGGGUCGUCAACAAGGCCAUCGCCACUGUCCGACAGGUUGGAAAUGUCCCCGCCGAUUCGGAUGGGACCAACAUGCCUCCUCUCAAAAAGCACUCUCCCGCAGAUGUUGCGAAGGCAGUCGUUGCUGCUAUUAAGAAGGCUGGUGGUCCGACUCAACGAGCCGGUACCAACGCGGACUCGCCGCUUGUCGUUUACAUUUCCGAAAUUGGAGCCGCAUUGGUUAACGCCCGAAACUAUGAAGUUACCGAAUGGGACUCUGCAUUAAUUCCCUACGUCACCCUCGCUCUCCCCCCUUCAAUCGCAACCGAGAAAGCAGCCAGUGUUGUCCGAGAGGUACUAGAACAAUCGGCCAAAGAAGAGGGCGAUACUGUCGAGGUUUUCGAGGAUGAAGAGGAAGGAGAAGAUCUUUGUAACUGUACUUUCUCUCUCGCUUACGGUGCCAAGAUUUUGCUCAACACGGCUACACUGCGUUUGAAGAGAGGUCAUCGAUACGGUCUUUGUGGAAGAAAUGGUUCCGGAAAAUCUACCCUCAUGCGAGCCAUUCAUAAUGGUCAAGUUGAAGGUUUCCCAUCGCCGGACGAAGUACGAACCUUUUAUGUCGAGCACGACAUUGAUGGAUCCGAGGCCGAAAUUGCUAUCAUCGAUUGGAUAGAUGCCGAUGCUCGUAUCCAAGCCACCCGUGAAGAAAAGUCAAAGGCCCUCGCAGAGGUCGGAUUUUCGCCGGAACGUCAGGGUCACGCCAUCGGCUCCCUAUCCGGUGGUUGGAAAAUGAAGUUGGCCCUCGCCCGUGCCAUUCUUUUCAAAGCAGAUAUCUUGCUGCUUGAUGAGCCCACCAACCACUUGGACGUUCUCAACGUACAAUGGCUCAUGGACUACUUGAAAUCCCUCGAGACUUGUACCUCCAUCAUCGUAUCUCACGACUCCGGUUUCUUGGAUAACGUGUGUACCGACAUCCUUCAUCUAAACAGGUUUAAGAUUAAACGUUACCCUGGUAACCUGCAAGCGUUUGUUCAACGUGUUCCCGAAGCCAAAGCCUACUAUGAGCUCUCGGCUUUGGAAGAGUACCAAUUCAAGUUUCCUGACCCCCCGUACUUGGAUGGUGUUAAAACGAAGGAGAAGGCCCUGAUGAAAAUGAAGAAGGUCGGCUUUCAGUAUCCAACUUCGGACACACAGCAGCUCUAUGAUGUUACUUUGCAAGUAUCUCUCAGCUCUCGUGUCGCAGUACUGGGUCCCAAUGGUGCAGGAAAAUCUACUCUUGUCAAGCUCCUCAUUGGUCAACUAGAGCCCAACAAGGGUGGUGACGUCUGGAAGCACCCUAACUUGGUCAUCGGAUACGUGGCGCAGCAUGCAUUUCAUCACAUUGAUAAUCACCUUGACGAGACUCCUCUCCAAUACCUCCUCAAUCGUUACCAGACGGGUGAGGAUUUGGAGGAACUGCAAUCCGCAAAUCGUAAAUUAACACCCGAAGAAGAGAAGAAAAUGAAGGAGGGUGCAAUUGUCGUUGUCGAAGGUCAAAAACGCAUCAUCGAGGACAUCACUAACCGUAAGAAGCUGAAACAGUCAUUUGAAUACGAGUGUAACUUCAAGGGGUUGUCUUCAUCCGAAAACAUCUGGCUGUCUCGUGACGAGCUCAUCAAAAGGGGUUUCGAAAAGAAGAUUUUGGAGGUUGAUAGCCGUGAGGCCCAGAAAGCUGGUCUGCUCCGACCGCUAGUUCGAAAGGAGAUCGAAAACCACAUGAGCAUGUUCGGAUUGGAAGCCGAAUUUGUUACGCACAACACUAUGCGAGGUCUUUCUGGUGGUCAAAAAGUCAAAGUUGUCUUGGCCGCUGCAACAUGGCGACGACCUCAUGUGGUCAUUUUGGACGAGCCGACCAAUUACUUAGACCGUGAAUCGCUUGCUGCCCUGAUCGAAUCAUUGAAGACUUUUGAGGGUGGUGUUUUGGUUAUCACUCACAACCGGGAAUUCUCCGAAUCAAUUUGUUCCGAAGUCUGGGCCAUGAGAGACGGUUAUCUAGAGGCUUCCGGUCACAACUGGACUGAGGGUCAAGGAUCCGGACCAAGAAUUGAUAAGGGCAAGGACGAAGAAGAAGAGCACUUUGAUGCUUUGGGGAACAAGAUCGAAGCUCCGAAGAAAGUCAAAAAAUUGACAUCUAAGGAGGAGCGCAAGAAGAAGAAAGAGCGCAUGGCCCGUCAAAAAGCUGGUUUGGGUUCAGAUGAGGAAGGUGAUUUCUGAUCAGCCAGGAAUUCCAAUGACCAUCUAAUCACAGAUUGUGUUUUAGGAGCCACCUUUUUCAUGACAACUAUUUCCUUUCAACUUACACUAAAAUCGAUUCCGCAUUUGUUGCUUGUCUUUCAUCUCGCUUCUUACAAAUCUACAGUACACAUGAUUGUUCUCACUUAGUCAAGCCAUCACAUAGAAAUAUUCUGGAUCAAGUCUUGUUAUGCUGUGGAAAGUCGGUCCUCUUUGUCCCUUCGAUCACUAUUGGAUUGAGUAGCAAUCUUACUAUCUUACUUGCAGUGGUGAAUACAAUGUUGCACACCUUGACUGCGUGCUCAAUAUUCACAUCUGCAUCACUGGUGUGUGGGUCCACCUCACCGCUGCUAUCAUACACGCAGACUUAGAUGACGCUGCUCGUGUUGAGAUUAUACCUUGAUACAGUUGACAGAAUGGACAAACC